AGAACCUUUUAGAGGAAAACUCUGAUUGCGACAGAGCAUGUCACCUGACCACGCUCUGCAGACGGAGGAGGACAGGUAUUCCCCUGGUUAAAGUCAGUUAGUGUCGUUAGUGGAUAAAAACUCCACAGAAAUCUAAAGAACUCUUCUUCUGACUCUCUAAGGUCUGUCUCUUGGUCUCAUAGGGUCCUCGGUUGUACUUAAACAGUGACAUGCAAAUGGUUAUGCAUUUACAGAAACAGGGGAAAUAGUAUAAGAUGCACAAUUUAUCUUGGUCUUCUUAAAGAGUGCUCAUUUUGAGAAUUACCUUACAUGAGAAGGACACACCUCCUGGGCCCAGGGUGCUAGAUGUACGGUCUCAGGCCUGGUCCACUCCUCACUUGAGUUCUUGUUUACACUUAAAUCGGAUCAUGUCCAGAGUGGAGGUCUUCAGGGACGACACCCUUCACGCUCUGCUCCGCGAGCUGCGUACUGACAUAGCAAUGGCUGUGGAUGACCCUUUCCCAAUCGUUUACGGCUUAGCAGACAAAAACAUCAUCACUGAACAACAGCUGCAGGAUACUCUUAAGAAGGAAGGUAGUGAGGGGAUUCACAAAGCCAUGUAUUCUCUCCUGUCAUGGCUUUUGGAGCAAAGCAGACAAACACUUCAGUCUUUCUGGAGCAACUUAUCCAAGGACUACAAUAUGGACAGCUACCCAAAACUGAAGACCCUUCUGACUAACUUGAAUACCAGACAGGAAGGUCCAAGGACCAAAACCGAAAACAGGUCCUCUGGAGGAGGCAAAGCUUCUCACAGCAAGAAGAGGAGCCGUAAGGAAGGGGGGACAGCGUCCCAGCACUCAGAGUACCAUGCCAAAACAAGUGAUGGCACAGUGAAUAAAGUCAGGCUAUACAGAGUGAAGAGUGAAGCUCAAGCCAUGCAGCUGCCAACUGGAAAUAGUCUGCAGGUGGUAUCUCCUUCUGUUCAGGAAGGGGUAGCCCGUUCCUCUUUUUCAUCUUCCUCCUCGUCAGAUCAGCCAUUAAGCCAGGAUAAAAAAGAAAGCAUGCAAAUCAAACAGGAAUAUACUGCAGUGGAUGGGCAGACCAGAGAGUGCUUUAAAGAGAAGUCUAAUGAAGAAAGGUCCAAAUCUGCCAGUGCCAAGUUUAUCCACCAGGGGGAAACAAACACAAUCAUGAUACACUCUAAUGAUGAUGAGUGUGCGGUGUGUAAGGAUGGUGGGGAGUUGAUUUGCUGUGAUUGGUGUCCUCGGGCCUUUCAUUUGACCUGCCUCAACCCUCCACUCACUUCAAUACCCAGUGGCUCUUGGAAGUGUGAGGGGUGCUAUGGGCUUAGAGUUAAAAAAGAAACUUCUGUACAGCCUGUAGAGGUUCUCCCCUCCCAGCCUCAGCAAACAAGCAUAAACCUUAAUAACUCCAACUUAGACAACCCAUUCAUCUCAUUAUCAUCCUCCCUCACAAGUGUCACUCCCUCAAUCAAGGUGUCGAAUGGCAAAAAACAGUGCUCAGGUGGUGAUCUGGUUGCUGUGAGGGAGGUGUGUGGUGUUUGCUACCUCGCUGGAGGAGACCUGACUCAUUGCCUUCAGUGUCGAAAGCAUUUCCAUUCACACUGCCACUUCUCCAAAGGGAGAUCCGUCUGCUGGUCCUGUUCCAGACCGUGGGGCAGCUCUUCAGAGAAAGACACAGAGCCCAGAGGCAUGCAGCUUGCACCAACAGCCCAGACCUCAUUCAGUCAAGAACAGAACGCUUCGUUCACUGAACCGGUCAUCAAUAAGGAUGAACUAGACUCGAUCCUAGGAGAUCAGAGCUCCAUUGAUGGCCUGUUGCAGUGGGCCUUCCACAACAUGUCUAGACCGCUGUCAGACUCUCAGGGAUGCUACAAGUGAAACAUAACUGUCCACCCAGUGGUAGAGAAUUUAUCAACCUCUAAUGUUUAAUUGAGAUAAUUGAAAUUAGUUCACCCAAAGAUUUGUUCAAAGGUUGCAGCUUCUGUCUUCAUGCCACUCUACCAUUUUUAUUUAUGUGAAUAUUGAGUGUUAUUUGCUGAUUGUUUAUUUUGUUUUACAUGCUUUUAAAAUGAUUUUUUUUCUUUUACUACCCCUGUUUUAUGUAUUUUGUUGCAUUAAACUUCUAAUUCCUUUCAAAAGAUUUUAAAUUUUAACAUGGAUUUCCAUGUUACAAACACAAACCUUAAUGCAUUUAGAUAGGAUUUCAUGUGGUGCAAAUAAGUGAAGAUAAACAUUGCAAAAUUUUCCAAAUUCAGACAGUCCAAGUUUUCAAAGCUUGUCACAUCUAAAUCAUUUGAUUGUACUCCUGGCUUGAAGUUUUUUAGCUGUUGUCCAGGUGGAAGUCUUUUACAACCUGUUUCCUGUUUGAUUUCCCAUGGAUGGCCUGUUUGGCACUAUUUAUCCUCCUGACCAACCCUCACCAGCUUUUCCCAUCCCAGCUAAAGCAAAGCAUACUUCUGGUAUAGUGCUAUUAUUACCCUUUUUUCAUAUAAGGGAUGGUGUGUUUGAGAAAAUGUGCAUUCACAGAUUUAUGAUGCAACAUUUCAAGUUUGGUCUCAUCUACCCAUAGUUCCUAUUUACAUUUUAACAAGAUUGUUUCCUUAAUGGGUUGUGAAAAACUGCAAACAUGACUUUUCAUGGUUUUUGUUAAGCAGUGGUUUUAUUCUUACCACUCUUUUAUUAAAUCCAGCAGUUCCACCAGUUAAUGUAACCCUCUUGGCUGCUCCUCUGGUUUUCUAACCCAUUCAAACAGCCAAGAUAUUGGUCCUGUUUAGGUUUGCUAUUGUAAUACAUUCUAUUUAACUUUCAUUUGUUGAUUCAAAAGCUCUAUAAGAGAUUUUUUGUAUAUCUGUUAGUCUAUGUGAUUCUUUAACAAACUUCUGAUGUCCUCAUAGAACAGCUGUACUGGAUUUUGUUUAG